CGAGUGUCCCUGGCCGAUUGGCACGGUCAUCCCGAUACUCACGUGUGCUUGCGUACAUCCCUAAAACUAGCGUCCAGUCUUCUCGCAUAGUGAAAUCGCAUCUCGACAUCUCACAGUGAACAUCAAUUCGAGCAAUCAUGAACAACGAUUCCUCGGCGUUCAACAUCUGGGCCAAGGACGAGGGGUACUGGAUCGAAGACAGCAUCUCGGCCUUCUCGCAGGUGACCGAUGCCAAGGUAGCCUUUGACGCCGAGGACUAUCUCAACUCGUUCCUGACCGGAGGCCAUGCAACAUACGAGCCACUCGUGCCCGCUCUGGGAGGCAUCCCAUUCACGCUGAACUCGCACAUUGACACUUUGCUCAGCGAGCUCCAAAAUGCGGGCAUCAAACCACUCUUCAUAUUUCCGGGAGGUCGUGCGAUGAGUCGUGAUCGAAUUACCACUUCCCGGUACAGCAAGAUCGAGGCUAUAUCAAUAACGAUCACACACUCUCGGCAUGGGGCAAGGCGUUACGGACGUCAUUUGAACGAGCGGACCACGACAAACUUUUGGGCAAGACCAGUCCAGCCAACGAAGGCGAGGAGGCGAUACUGGUUGCGUUUGAGCUCCUACGCCUGGACGUGCUUAACAACCGCGCGAUAUUCCCCAACCCGCCAUACAACGAGAGUGUCUCAAGAGGGUCCGACUCCGACCGCGCCAAUGUCAACCUCAUCAGUCGAGUUGCCAGUUUGGUCAACUUCCGCAGCGAGGCAGUAGGAUACACCGGCCCGCUCUCGAGAAUGGCACUAGGCUUCCACCAGAUGGCUGCGACAGUCCGUCAUAGCCUUCGCGAUCUUGUCGAGAUGCACGCGUGUUAUCUCAUGACGAGUGGGUCUGUGGUCAGAGUGCGAGACUACGUAGAAUACACCAACCUCGGGGCGCA